AUGUCGCCCUACUACGAGAGCGCUUGGACCGUUUUAUCUCAGGCAUUCAGCAGACCGAUCAACUUCAGUUACCAAUGUGAUCAGCCGUAUGAUCAGAAAGGCAUCGGAAUGGUCGACUGUCCGAGCAUCUGUAUUAAAAUGUGGGAAGACAAUAACCUGCUCGGUAACCACCUCGAGAUGUGGAAGACGCUGUGUGACGUAUGCGCCUGUCUAUGUGAUCCGAAACGAAUAGCGAUCGUCGAAAUUGACAGACGGACUGAAGCAGUGCAACUUUGA